AUAUAAAAAAUGCAACACUUAGUGAUUACUUCGUAAACCGGAAAUUCAGGUGGAAUUUUCCUUUCCUUCUGUGGUUUAAAACGAGCAGCUAGCAAUAUUUUCGGCUUCUGAAUUUUUAUUGUGAAUCAAUAUGCCGCGGGAAAUUAAAGAAGUCAAAGACUUUUUGAAUAAAGCUCGUCGCUCAGAUGCUCGUGCUGUUAAAAUCAAGAAGAAUGCGUCAAACACCAAAUUUAAGAUCCGUUGCUCCAGGUUUCUCUAUACCCUUGUAGUGCAGGAUAAAGAAAAAGCUGACAAAAUAAAACAGUCUCUUCCACCAGGACUUCAAGUAAAGGAAGUCAAGUAGACAACCACACAAAACACCAUUUGUACGUCAAAGAAAUAAAUUGGUUCGCUGAUAUUUGUUUUUAAUAAAUAAAACUAACUAAUGUCACCAAUGUAAA